AUGAAAGUCACCGUUUGCUUCGGAACAAUCAAAGUUGUAGUUCCAUGUGGACAAGGUAAUAUGCUGAUUAGAGACUUGGCAAACAUGGCUGUGAUGAGGUAUCAAAAGUCGGUAGCACAGAAUCGUGCCCAUGAAGGAGUUGACCCGCUCACAAGCCGUAUCGUCACACCAAUACUUCCCCAGUCGGCAGAACCCCGUGGUUCCAAAGGCCCGAGUAGGUUACAGCUAAUUGAUGGAAGCAUGUGUGUGGUAAACGCGCUCACUCUGGCUCGAGAUGGUGGCAUACUGGACUGGGAUGAUCGAGUUAUCGACGUGCUGGACGACAGAGAGAUGCUGGUUGCACAUUACCAUAUCAAGCCAUCACCUUCGAAUACAAGUCUUUCCGAUCAUUCCAGUCCUUUGUCUUCCUCCACAUGUAAUAUGGCUGCUAUUACCCGGUGUAAUGGGGAAGAUAGGUCAUCGUCGCAGGAGAUUUCACCAAGUUGCAGUCUACCUCAACGAGCAACAAUGAACGAACCAACUCAGCUGUUAAACCGGAAUCACCCCCCGCCUCCUGCUGUCCCUUACUCUGAAGGCCAAGCGAAUUUGUUACUCACAUCUGCGCCAGGUUUCAGCGUUCCACCACCCCCACCACCUUUGAGGAUUUCGAAGAGAGUUCCUGCAGAAGGCCAAGAGGUUGCCGCAUCACUCCCUGCUAUGGCAACAUUUCGUGGCCUAAGCUCAUGCUUCCAAACGGAUCGUCCAGCACCCCCACCACCUUUACCGGUCCAAUCUUCAUCACCGAAUUCGAAGCCCCUUUUCUUAUCUCUGCCCUUAACCUUUGCUGACAAGAAAACGUCAUCUGAAGGAUGCUGUAGUGAGAAAAAUGAUCAUACUGGGCAGCAGCUUACUGAAGGGUCGCCCGCUGUGUCCUGUGUUUGCACGGAAGCUCCUGCAACGGUAAACAACACAACAUCGACAAGUGCUCCGUCAAUAUUAUCAUCCACGACUGCGACUAACACAAUGCACUCUGCCAUCCUCUUAGGUUGUCUGCCAAGCCUCCAGACGAACCAGAAUUGUGAUCAGGACAUCCUGGCUCAAACGAUUGUUACUGACAAAGAGGUGAAGCAUAGUCAGCUCUGUUUCGAAUGGCCGUUGGAUCCCAUUCCUGUCACUUGCUGUUCAGUAGCACCGGGGUUGUCGCCAUCACCACAAUUUGUUGGCACGAUAAACUCGCCUGUGCCACCUUACCCGCCGCUGAGGUUGAUGCAAAACUUGACCUCUUCAAGCUUGGACAGCUCCACUUUGUCAACAGUGCCGGAGGAGGACGAUCUGGGUGUGAGUAGUCCGAAUCGUGGUACUUCACCGUCAUUGCAACGAACGCCUGUUCAGACUGACACAACUAGGAAGACGAAUAGUCAAUCCAACACAUCGUCCACUUCUUCCACAACCCAGUCACAACCAGAGCCACAACGAACGCCCGUUUCUCGCCUUUGUGAACACUGCUCAGAAGCUAGGAAUUCACCAUCAAGCUCAGCCUCACAAAAUGCUAAUUUACACGCAGAACCCAGUUUGAACUAUCACAGUCUAACGAGGCCUAACCGCAAAAUAAAGCGGCGGCGUGUUCCUAGGGCCCCGGCACCACCGCCACCGAUGCCUGUAAUGCGAUGCGCAUCCCCAAUUCAGUCAUCUAGCUCCAGCAGUUCGGGUAGCCCGCCACAUGGAACAGAUAAUCCCACUGUCCGCCGCAGAACUGCCACUGCGGAUCAGACAAAUAGGAGCGACACGUGUGAACUCGGUGAAGACCAUUCCAGAUCCAGUGGCAUCACAGACUCACUGGUAGCUGCAACCGGAACGAACUUACCUCAACAGGGCUCAAGCAACGUUGACUGUUGCAACAGACUGUCCUGUGAACUGGAGACCCAAACACUUAGCUGCAGUUCAGAGGACACACAACCUCGAACCACGUCUGCCUCGCUAACGUUUGUCAGUAGCCCGUGCAACACAACCUACAGAUCGAUUGCGAACGUCCACUGCCCGCUAUCCACGCACUGGAGUUCCACCACAGACUGCAUUCCGGGUUACUCCCCAAAAGAGCUUGCAGACGCGGAAAAAUGCCUCCAGGCGCACCAUUCACAAUGUGGAAAGAAGGUGACCGAGUCCGAACGAAAGCUUUCCAUGGACGAAGAACGUGCAUUCUCCAUGCGACCACCUGCACCGCCUAAACGAUCUCCUCUCACGAUGCUCACAGGGAUGUCUUUUAUGAUGCCCUGCGAUCGCAUAUUUGGUUUAGAGGAUCGCAGCGGAAAAUCUAAUGGCGGUCGAUUUCGUCCAGGAUACAAAGGAACUGAGACAGAGUCCCUUGACUUUGCACAUUGGAAUAAGGAAGGCCGGACUCACAGCUGUGAAGAUGUGUCGCGGUCACAGUGUGAUUCAGUUCGAUCCAGUGACCACGACGAAGUGGCGCCUGAUCUCAGCUCAAUGGGUGAGGAAAAUGAAGAGACCCACAGGCUAGCUGCGGUUGCUGAAAAUGAAGUGCUUCACAUGACUGAGUUGCUGUCAGAACGGCGGGAGUCUGAGGCCAGACGUCACUUGAUGUUGGCCGAACUUGAGGCGGACAUAGAAAGAGAUCAUCGGUUGCAGGCAGCGGAAAACGCUUUGGCUUUGGCAGCUGUCAGUAGCUUGAGUCCCCGAAAAAGUGCAAUUCUAAAGCAACCUGAUCGAUUGCGUGCUUCGGUACGUUGUCCGAAGCAUGGACCUCACGGGGUUGAGAUUUCUACUACCUCUGGGUCGUCUAAGCGAUUUGAUAUGGAAGAAGAUUUGCUCAUUCCAGUGACAAAGACUCCAUCAGGCUUUGGAUUUAGCUUGACCACGAGGCCGCUACGACCUUAUAGUGGUGAUUCGUCAGCAUCCUCCUCCUCUAUCCCAUGCAGUUUACGAGAAUCCACCGCUGUGUGUGUGAAAAGUAUCCUACCGGGUGGCUCUGCCUUGAAAGGUGGACAGCUGUGUUUGGGUGAUCGUUUAAUACAAAUAGACGGUCAAGAUGUUACGGACAAAACUCAAACCCAAAUAGUCCAUUUACUAAGAGUGAAACCGGUGGGCAAUGUGGUUCAUUUACGAGUACGCCGGCUCCGCUUUCCCUCACUGGACUCCUUAUCGACACCCCGUCACUGGUCUUCUGGUACCUCCCAAUGUCCUGUCUGUGUUCCACGCAAACUGCCAGCAGGGAGUCCAGUCAAAACUUGUCCCGAUGGCUGUCCCUAUCGGUUAUACGCAGGUGAUACUAUUGGCUCACAAAAUCCCUACGAUCCACGCGUAGCUGGUUCCGCUUCCGCACAUAGGGUGCCCAAUCAAAUUUACCACACGUUGUCCACGGCAAAAGUUCGUUCGACGCCGUUUCCCGACAGUCGACCGCCCGAGAAACCUACCUACCGUUGUGCCUCUCCCACUCUACCACUCCGUGGAUCUAACUGGACUGAUGAAUUUCCUGAGCUGGUGAGAACAGCGGAGUACCCACCGUAUCCAGAUGUGUUUAUCCUGCAGUUGGACAUAUCACUGUCAACAAGCACUAUCAUCAAAGAAGAUAGACGCCUCCGGUUAGAAGGAAAACAGGCGGGAGAAGGGACAAGCAGUUCUACUUCAACAACUGGUAAGAUUUCGCGACGCAUGCGACUGGGAGUUAGCGUCCGAGAAACGUGCUCUUCCAGGGCAUCCAAGAUUGCUGAGAGGGGCUUCGAUGCAAAUUGGGACAAAAUCAACUCUAUGCAUAUUGGUCGAAUCGACGAAUACUGGUCCGUGGCGGAUUCCAUAUAUGGAGGCGUGUUAGUCAAAGGAGUCAUUGAAGGUGGCGCGGCCCAUAAGGACGGACGUCUACGGGUGGGUGAUGAGUUGCUGGAGGUAAAUGGUGUAUCACUUAUCAACAAAUCCAAUCCACUGGCUCUCUUGCGUUCAGUGCUCCGUCGGACCACAUCUCCGAACAAGAAGGACCCACCUGUCACUUCAGACAGUGAUAUUACAAGUGCGAGCUGUAACACCGAACUACCGAAAUCCUUGCCUGUUGUCAGACUGUUGGUGGCACGACAAAUGCGUCACCGCAGAUCAGCUUCUGGUCACACGCUGGCCUCAAACUCCGAGUUGUGGACCGAGGCUUCCUCCAUUAGCACUGUGAUGACCAGUGCAACAAAUCAGCCAUGUCAACCAAUGGGCCUGGCGAUGGACGCGGUGAGCGAUCACUCCGCACAGUUUGUCCGAGGAGAGGUGGCCAAUAGCCCACAUGAACGACCGCCAUCCAACCAUUCUGUACUAAUCGCCGCCGAAGUUCAUUCCCAGCUCCUGGCGGAUGUAGACGACGAACCUGAUAUGACAAGCUCCACUCGUAGCGACAUUGUUAAGCAAACCAUCAUGAUUGUGCACCCGUUUUCUACCUCUGCAUCAGUCUUUUAUGGACGCACUACUGACAAAUACCCCUUCCUCUAUGCCUGUCGGAGUGACUCCACGUUACCAAGAAAAACUACGAGUAUUUCAACAGAAGCUGCCUUUACAACGUCCAACUUCACAUUGUACCAAAGACGGUACUUACUCCAAGGCGUCACAUUCUACGAAGAGUCUACCAAACCUGCCGACCUGGUUCCUCCGAGUGGUUAUUGCUAG